AUGAAUAUUAAUCCACAUCUUCAAUAUUUACAACAACAACAGCAACAGCAGCAGAAGUCGCAGCCACUGCAGUCGAACCAAUCUCAAUCAAACCAAUCACCUCAGUUUUCUCAAUUACAAUUACAACAAUUACAGAGACAACAGUUAUUGAAUCAACAUUUACAACAACAACUGCAACUGCAAGUGCCACCACAAUUAACACAACAACUGAUGGGAACUCCUACAUCAACCAAUCCACUAUUGGCAGUAUUAAAUGGAGGUGCAAAUUCAAAUACUACGUCCACUGGUAAUGGUUCAUUAUCAUCAAAUCCAGUGUUACAACAAUUACAAUUGCAACAACUCCAACAACAAGCUCAACUUCAACAAUUACAAGCUCAGCAGCAACAGCAGCAACAGCAACAGGCUAUACCAAUCAUAAAAGAAGUAUGGAGUAGUAAUUUGGAACACGAGUUUCAAUCGUUAAGAACAUUUAUCAAUGACAAAACAUCAAAAGUUUUUAUUGCCAUUCAUCAGGAAAUUCCUGGCAUAGUUGCUCGACCAGUGGGGACUUUUAAAUCUUCUUCAGAUUAUCAUUUUCAAACAUUAAGAGCCAAUUCUGAUUUGUUAAACUUGAUUCAAUUAUCAUUAUGUGUUGUCAAAAUAUCGAAAAACGAAACAAUUAGCACUCCAGUGAUUUGGCAAUUUAAUUUUUUGUAUGAUUUAUCAAAGGAAAUGUACAAUGAAGAACAUUUAGCCAUGUUGGCACAAACUUCACAAAUUAAUUUCCAAUUACUUCUGACACAAGGAAUCCCACAUUUCCAAUUUGCAGAAUUGAUGAUUGAAAGUGGAUUAAUUCUAGAUGAUAAUAUAAAUUGGGUAUCUUUCCAUGCCGGUUAUGAUUUAGGGUUUUUUGUUAGUUUAUUACUGAAUGAUGAUUUACCCGUAGAUGAACCUGACUUUUAUUGGUGGUGUGCCAAGUAUUUCCCAAACUUUUAUGAUUUGAAAUAUAUUGGCAAUCAAAUAUUGAACAAACCUACAACAAAUGGAGCAGGAACUAAUUCAAAUACUUUAGAUGAAAAAACAAAUAAACCUUCAAUCGAAUAUUUGGCAGAGGAAUUACAUUUAUUGCCCAUAUCACCAGCAAUUCGACAACAUUUUACCAAUUCUACUUUCCAUUCACAACAAUUAACUUCUACAUUACAUGCUUACUUGUCAAUGGAGUGUUUCAAGGAAUUGUUGAGACGGUCAAAUAUGACAUUAUUAAGUAGAUUCAAAGGUACUAUUUGGGGGUUGGGUACUUUUAGUGGUGGUGGCACCAGCAUUAACAAUACAAAUAAUAACGGGGCCACUGAAGAUGAAAUUGUUGCUUCAAGAAUUAAUGGAAUUUCUACACCAUCCACUCCAGUUGGGAUAAUCAACAAAAGUGGUAUGGUUCAUUUUGGUGGUAGAGUGUAA